CCAUCCCACCCACUGUCCCAUCCCGAUCCCACGUCCGAUGCCCGAAAACUCCGUGCAAGUCCAGGUAUUGCAGGCCCUCUGCGGCGGACUCGCCGGCGCUGUCACCCGCAGCAUCACCCAGCCGCUGGACGUGCUGAAGAUCCGCUUCCAGAUGCAGGUGGAGCCGGUCACGGACCACUCGGGGUCCAAGUACCGCGGGGUGAUCCACGCCUUCAAGUCGAUUUACGCCGAGGAGGGGAUGCGCGGCAUGUUCCGGGGCCACAACUCCGGCCAGGUGCUGAGCAUCACGUACGCCCUGGUGCAGUUCUGGGCCUACGAACAGCUCCGCACCCUGGCCCACCAGUCGGAGUUCUGGAGCCAGCGGCCCUUCCUCAUGUUCUUCGUCUGCGGCGGCCUGGCCGGCUGCCUGGGGGCCGUGGCGGCCCAGCCCCUGGACGUGGUGCGCACCCAGAUGGUGGCCGCCGAUCCCUCCUCGCGCCGCAGCCAGAUGAGCACGCUGAGUGGACUACGCCGGGUCUUCCGGAAUGAGGGCUGGACGGGGCUCUCGCGCGGAUUGCCCUUCCAGCUGGUGCAGGUCUUCCCGCUGGUGGGCGCCAACUUCCUCUUCUACAAGUACCUGAACGCCCUGGUGCUGAUGGCCAAGGAGCCGGACAACCGCCAGGAGAUCCACGGCGGCUUCCUCUUCCUCAACGGGGCGCUGUCCGGGGUGAUGGCCAAGAUGAUCGUGUAUCCCGCGGACCUGCUCAAGAAGCGCAUCCAGCUGAUGGCCUUCAAGCAGGAGCGCAAGACCUUCGGCCGCAACCCGGAGUGCCCCACGGUCAUGGGCUGCAUCCUGACCACGUUCCGGGUGGAGGGAAUCGGAGGCUUCUACAAGGGCAUGUCGCCCACUCUGUUCAAGGCCGGGCUGACCAGCGCCGUUUACUUCUCCAUUUACGACAUGUUCAAGCGCCACCUCAUUGGUCCCAUGAAGGAAGCCGAAAAAACGAAGCAAAAGCUGGGGAAGACCUAGCCA